AUGAAACGUCUUUCUCAGGCGCUGCUGGCGUUUGCUCUUGCUGCUGGGAUUCAUGCAGAGGUACAUAACCCGAACCCAUGUAAUGAUCUCGAUGGCCUUUCUCAGACCCAUACUCCGUCUGAGGUUGUUGUUUGGGUGGAUGAGGAUGGAGACACUAUUUGGACGGAGACCAACCGACUCCCUGCAACCACCCAGUUCCAAGACAAUGUUCAACCUCCGGUGACGGUUUCCCAUGUCCCAUUACCAACUCAUGAACCCGAGACGGUUCGCAUCCUCUUGACCAAGACCGAGACCCAUAUUGAAACAGUCACACAGGAAUUACCUGCUGUGACAAAAAAGGUAGAGAAGAAGUUGAAUGCUCAACUCGACGAACACCUUCCUCCACAUCCACCUGGUGUACCUGCGCCUGCACCACCGCCUCCUCCUCCACCACCACCGCCAUCUGAACCACUAUUGUUAUCUCCCAAUCCUCAAACGGAACCUCAUGAUGCGCCUCGUCAUCACCAUAAGCCGCAUCCACAGGCUGACACUCACCUCGAGAAACGCCGUUCUGGAAUUUCUUAUUCCCCCUACAAGGCGGACCGGAGUUGCAAGACCCAAGACGAAGUAAACAAGGAUUUAGACCGAUUAUCAGACUAUGCAUUCGUACGCAUCUACGGCACAGACUGCGGCCAAACCAGUACCGUAGCAACAGCAGCCCGUCGACACAAAAUGCAAGUCUUUGCCGGUAUCUACGAUCUAACAGACUUUCCCAACAGUCUCGACGCAUUCGAAGACGCCGCAACAACACCAGACGGCAAGAAAGACUGGUCCGUAUUCCACACCAUCACCGUCGGCAACGAGCUCGUCAACGGCGGACGCGAGGCCCCUGGAAAGGUUGCUGGCGCAGUCACGCAAGCUCGCACAAUCUUGCGAGGAAAGGGUUACAAAGGACCAGUCGUUACGGUCGACACUUUCUCCGUUCAUCUCAAACACCCGGAACUAUGCAAAGCAUCGGAUUACUGCGCAGCGAACUGCCACGCUUUCUUCGACGCUACGCAGCAACCGCACAAUACAGGACCAUAUGUUUUGGAACAAGCACACGCUGUCUCUGAUGUUGCAGGUGGGAAACGAACAAUUAUCACAGAGUCUGGCUGGCCACAUGCGGGCAAGUCCAAUGGCGCGGCUGUCCCUUCGCAGUAUAAUCAGCGGGUGGCGAUUGAGAGUUUGCGACGCAGUUUCGCGCACAGGAAGGAUGAUCUUGUUUAUUUCACUGCGUUCGAUGACCUUUGGAAGGAUGAUAAUCGGUAUACCUUCAGUGCGGAGCGGUUUUGGGGCAUUUAUGAUAAGUAA